AUGUAUUUUUCUCUAUUUGCAAUUUUAUUGACUUUAAAUGUUAAUAAUUGCAAUGCAGGUGAAGUUUUAGGAUGCGGUGGCUUUGUAAGAUCCGAUAUUGAUAUUAAUUUUUCUCUAGUAGUGGUCAAGUUAUUUACACCUCAUGGAAGUUUGAAAUAUCAGACUGAUUGUGCACCAAAUACUGGUUAUUAUCUUAUACCUCUCUAUGAUAAAGGAGAUUUUGUUAUGAAAGUUGAACCUCCUCAGGGAUGGAGUUUUGAACCAACAAGUGUAGAAUUAAAAGUUGAUGGUAUUAAUGAUCAAUGUAGUAAAGGAGAAGAUAUCAACUUUUUAUUCACUGGCUUUUCAGUACUAGGACAGGUAAUAAGUAAGGGACAAUCAGUUGGACCUGCAGGUGUCAGUAUUCAUCUGAUCAAAUCAUCUAAUGGUGAAACAAUACAAACAACUAAAACAGCAGACACAGGAAGAUAUUCCUUCACCAAAGUAUUACCAGGAGAAUAUAAAGUUAAAGCUUCUCACCCCACAUGGAAAUUAGAAAAGAGUGAAUCAACAGUUAAAGUAGUAAAAGAUAAUGGUAAAGUUCUAGAUAAUUUAGUUAUAUCAGGCUAUGAUGUUACUGGUGAAGUUUUAAGUGAAGGAGAGCAUAUCAAGGGAGUUAACUUCAUCUUAUUUUCAUCAACCGUUAAGCAACAGGAUAUAACAAGCUGUGAGAAGACAGCACCAAAAGGUUAUAAAACAAACCAAGCCAAUAAACCAUUGUGUUAUGUUACCUCAAGUGAUAAUGGAAAGUUUGUGUUCCCCUCGUUGCCCACUGGAAAAUAUGAAAUUAUACCAUUUUAUAAGGGAGAACAUAUCACGUUUGAUGUUUUACCUGAUAAAUUAUCUUUUGAAGUGGAACAUCAAUCUCUUAACUUACAGGAACCAUUCAAUGUUGCAGGGUUUUCUGUGAGUGGAAGAGUUCUGGAUUCAGAAAAGGGUAGUGGAGUAGCCAAAGCUAAAAUUUUGAUUAAUAAUAAUGAACAGACUACAACAGAUAAAGAUGGGGUAUAUCAUCUAGAGAAUAUGAAAACUGGUACAUAUAAACUAUCAGUACAAUCUACAGAUAUCUAUUUUGAUGAUGUCAGUUUAAAAAUUACACCAACUUCUCCUCAACUACCAAAUAUCAUUGCUUCAAGUUUUAGUUUAUGUGGACAAGUAAUAAUAGAUAGACUCCCUGAAGGAUUACCAGCUCAAUCAUCUCAAAGACGUAUUAUAUAUCAUCGUGAUGGUAAGAAAUCAGAAGCUGUAUCUAUUACACCAGAAUCAGAUGGACAUUUCUGUACUAAAGUAAAACCUGGCAAAUAUAUUGUGGCUAUACAUCUGAGUGCUACUGAAAUAAAAGCUGGACUCCAUCUAUCACCACAAGAACAUACUGUUACAAUUACCAACAAACCAGUUAAAGAUAUUAGAUUCUCACAGUUUAGAGCUAAAGUAUCUGGUACUGUUAACUGUAUGGAGAAAUGUGGUAAUAUUGAUGUUUCAUUGGAUGCUAUAGAGAGAAUAGAUAAUAAACAAAUAGUUCAGGUGAAAGAUACAGGAAAGGGCUAUAGUUUUAUAUUAGAUAAUGUUAUGCCUGGAAAAUAUAAAGCCACAAUUCUACAAGAUAGUUGGUGCUGGAAAGAAAAGGCUAUAGAAUUUGAAGUGGUAGACUCUGAUAUAUCCAGUCUCGCAUUCAGUCAGACUGGUUAUAUAUUAAAAUGUAGUGUGUCUCAUCCCAUUAAUAUUAACUUUGCUCAUGAGAAGAAGACUGGAUCAGUUGGUUCAUUCCAGUUGAAUAAAGGUUUAAACCGAUUCUGUCUAGCUCAACCUGGUGUAUACAAGCUCACUCCAGAUUCUUGUCACAAAUUUGAAAAAGAUGUGUAUGCUUAUGACACAUCCAAUCCUCUACUAUUAACGUUAACAGCUACACAACAUAUAGUAUAUGGUCAGAUUAAUACUAAUGAUAAAGUUAAUGAUAUUGUUGUUACUAUCACAUCUAAUUUAGAAGAAACACCUACAGUUCUUGGUCCAUUGAAAGCAGGAGAUAGAAACACUAAGGCACCAUUUCAAUAUAAAUUUUCACAUUGGUCAAAAACUGGUGAAAAGUUAGUUAUAUCAGUGAAAUCAGCUGAAGUCUUGUUUUAUCCUCCUUCUAUAGAGACUACCAUUACUGGAGAUGGGUGUCCGGGUGAAGUCGGCAAAUUUGAAGGCAGAAAGGGAGUGUUUAUUAAUGGAGAUAUUAAACCAGCUAUACAGGGAGCAUCUAUUACUGUAGAAGCUACAGAUGGUUCUAUAGAACCUUUACAUUUAGUCACAGAUACUAGUGGAAAAUUCAAAGUUGGUCCUUUACAUAGUAAUAUAGAAUAUACUGUAUCAGCUGAGAAAGAUGGUUAUAUUAUGACAAAAGAAAAGGGCAAAUUAGCCUCAUUUAGAGCGUUUAAAUUAGGAGAGAUUUCAGUCAAGGUAUUAGAUGAAAUGGGUAGUGCUCUACCUGGUGUACUAUUAUCAUUAAGUGGUGGUAACCAGUAUAGAAAUAAUAAUUUGACUAAAACUGAUGGCUCUUUACAUUUUACUGCUCUGAGUCCUGGUCAGUAUUUUCUACGUCCAAUGAUGAAGGAGUAUAAAUUCGAACCUGUAUCACAAAUGAUAGAUGUACAAGAAGGUACCACUGAAAAGAUAGUUAUUAAAAGUUCCAGAGUAGCCUAUAGUUGUUAUGGUAAAGUAACAUCAUUAAAUGGUGAAGGAGAAUCUGAUAUUAUAGUAGAAGCUGUCAGUGCACAAUGUUCUAAUCAUCAAGAAGAGAGUAAGACAGAACAAGAUGGUUCCUUUAGAAUUAGAGGUUUACAGCCUGGUUGUCUGUAUGAAGUCAGUUUAAAAACAGGAGAAGAAAAUAAACAUAUAGAAAGAUCUAUUCCUAAAACUACAGCUGUUAAGGUAGAGAAGUCAGAUACUAAAGAUCUACAUAUUAUAGCUAUGAGACAUAUGAAUCAAAUGGAUAUUAGUGGUAAUAUGAUAACUACUGAUGAAUUUCUCUCUACAUUAAAGGUUAUAUUAAGUAGAGAAGAGAAUCCUGAUUCACCAAUACAAACUAUAUCAUUAUCUCGUUCUUAUUUCUUCUUCUUACCAUCAGUACAAAUAGAUAACUCAGAGUAUAUAAUAAGAUUAGAAACAUCUCUAUCUAAAAACCUAUAUAAAUAUGAUUUACCAGAGAUUAUAUUCUCAGCUAAUACAUCAUAUAAACAUUUUACAUUUCAAUUUCAUCCACAGAGACGUAGUGGUGAUACAGAAUUAAGUCGUGGAUCAUUUUUAGUUUUACCAUUUACAUUGUUAUUAAUUUAUGCUGUCUACAAUUAUCAAAAGGUAGGAAAGUUUGUAAUUUAA